CCACAAGAAAAAGAAAGCGUAAUGAAUGUAAAGCGUAGGUACUUUCUCGAAAUAUGAGCCCUUUUAGAAUGCUCCUGAGUCUUCUGUUUGGGCUCCUUUCUGAAUGUCCAUGGCUGCACGUGAGAAACACGUCGAUAGGAACGAAUCGGCGCAUGGAGUCUCGGUUCUGGGCAGUAGCAUGUCUCCUCUGGUUGACUUGCUGUCUGGUGCUGCCCUCUAUCCGUGGACGAUCGCUCGUCGUUGACCACGCGAACAAGCGGUUCCUGAGGGAUGGCAAGCCCUUCCAGUUCGUGGCCGGGGCCAUGCACUACUUCCGCAUCCCUCGCGCCUACUGGAAGGACAGACUACGCAAGGCGCGAAUGGCGGGUCUGAACGCCGUCGACUUUUACGUCGAAUGGAGCAGUCACGAACCGGAACCGCUCGAGUACAACUUCGAAGGCAUGUACGACAUCGUGGCGUUCCUCAACGAAGUCAAGAACGAGGACCUGCUUGCUGUUCUGAGGCCAGGGCCUUACAUAUGCGCCGAAAGAGACAACGGUGGCUUUCCCUACUGGCUGCUGAGAAAGCACCCAAAGAUGAUGUACCGAAGCUUGGAUGUCAACUAUAUCAACCUCACGGACAGAUGGUACAACAAGCUCCUGCCCAUGCUGGUGCCGCACUUGUACAAGAACGGUGGUCCUAUCUUCGCCGUCCAGGUGGAAAACGAGUUUGGACACUACAAGCACUGCGACGUGAACUACAUGGACCACGUGUUGUCUGCUCUGGAGAGGCACUUCGGACAUGAUGUCAUCUACUUUCGUAACGACUUUCCUGAUGAGUAUUACUACACGUGCGACAAGGUUCGCGAUAUUCUGGUGGCCGGGAACUUCGACUACACUCAGGAUCCCAAGAAGAUGUUCGCGGUCAUGGACUGGGCACAGGUUCGCCCCUGUCCGUGGUUCGUUGCGGAGUACUACACGGGUUGGAUGGACCACUGGACUUUCGAUCGCUCCAACAAGAGCAGCCUCGAGCUGGUCGACAAAUUUAAAAACCUUCUGAAGAUGGGGGCGUCCGUCACCAUCUACAUGUUUCACGGAGGCACCAGUUUCGGAUUCAAAUCCUCCAUCAGCAUGGACACCCCCGUUGUGACGAGCUACGACUACGGCGCUCCGGUGGCCGAGGACGGCUCGUUGAGGCCCAUGUACUACAAGUUUAGGGAGGUCAUCAAGGAGUUUCUGCCGCUUCCUAACGGUGAACCUCCCGGCCCAUCGAAGAAACUCAACUUCGGGGCCGUGAAGUUGAACCAUUACAUGGGCAUGAACGACGUGCUGAACCACUUUAGCCAGAAAAACUGGCUGAACCGCAAGCAGUCCAAGUUUCCGCUCACAUUCGAAGAGGUCGGACAGGACUACGGAUUCGUCCUGUACACGGCGAAUGUGAACGUGAACGUUCAGGGAAAAGGACGACUGCGGUUGCACGGCCUCCGUGACCGAGCGCAUGUGUUCGUGCAGAACUCGAAGCACAUAUUUUACAGCUUUCAGCCGGUCUCCGGUGGCCCGAAGACUGAGGGUGACAUCCCGGUGAAUAAGGGUGACAAGCUUGUGAUUCUGGUGGAGAACAUGGGAAGAGAUCAAGUUGGCAACCGGAACCAUGAUCGCAAGGGCUUGAAGAACGUUACGCUCAACGACAACCACGUAACGGACUGGACCAUGGAGGUGGUUCCACUCACUAGAAACCAGGACGUGACUGAGCUUCUGCGCAUCGUCCGCAAGGAGGGCGAUGGCAAGCUGCCAGGCUUCUUCGCGGGAAGCUUCACCCUUUCCGACAAGCAGGAGCCCCUGGACACCUUUCUGGACCCUACGGGUUGGGGCAGAGGUGUCGCUUACGUGAACGGCAUCAACCUGGGCCGUUACUGGCCCAUGGCCGGUCCCCAAGUGCGACUGUACCUUCCAGCUCCGUUCCUGAUGAAACAUCCGCAGGAGAAUAGGCUGAUGCUGUUCGAAGUGGACCGCGUGCCGAAUAACAGGAGUGUGAAGCUCGCCGAUCAGCCUUUGCUCGACGCGGAGGGAAAUUUGCCUACGCCAUGAUUCCAUGGCGUGAUAUGCAAUGUCAUUGUGCUGCAUAAGGAGAGACAGAGAUGUCGCGAUUAGGCUUUAUGAAGAUCACCGGAACGGAGUUCAACGGGAAACCACUGUCGCCGUGACGUUUUCGUCAACGUGAGAGCUUAAGGGUUACGGGCUCUUAGAGUAAGAACUCCCCCUUUCGGUGGGAAAUACUCUUUAUUGAAAUUAUUCAUGCUUGUAUAUUCCGAUUCCGUUGGCAUAAACGUCAGUGAAGGAGAAAUCCAGCGCUAAAAUCGUUUUCAUUCAAUUCAAUUUUUUAUUUCAAAAAUACAUUUGGUAACGAUAGCGUUCAAUUGAUUGGUCUAAGCACAUUGUGCUUGUCGACCAACCACAGGAAUUAUUGUGAAGCGUAGUGUCUUGUUCAGUCGAUGAGUGUCACUGUGCUCAACUUCGUGGAGUGGAGAAAUGGCUUAGAGUCGAGGAUCGUUUAAGAAUACGGGGCUAAGUUUAUAUGCGAAGCCGCUUUAAGCACGUGCAACAUCCUUGCUACAGGAUUCACGUUGAACUUUCGAGGACGCGUUCAGACUAGCUGUUCGAAAGGGUUAAAGUUAUGUUUGCCUGUGAGAGAGUGGUUUACUUUUGGCAAACAUUCGAUAAAAUUUUCGCGUUGGCGUUUGAUCCGUAAUGACGCGAAAACACAACACUUUCAGUACUGACGAUGUUUCAAUAAAAUUUCGUUAUAGAUUCCAGAAAAGUAUGUUCCCAGUAUUAUACAAAAAAAAAAAAAAAAAUAAUAGAAGCAUUGCCUUCACACAUGCACCUGUGAGUACGCUACAGGUAUACACUCAAAAAGCGGUCGAAAAAGGUGAACUUUUUUUUUUCUGCUAGCUGGAAAUGCUCUCCAUUGGAACGCUCAAUUGUUUUCCGUCAAGUAAACAAGUUUGAAUCUCGCGCCGUCACUUUCGAUGUAUCAUAACGUCAUCCAUUGUACGAAUAAAUCUUUCUUAGUAACUCUGUCA